CUUUUAAAUUUGGUAGCAAUAAACUUAUUAUUUCAACAAACUCCAAACGUUGUUGUCGGGACGAGACAACACAGACAGACACAAAAGAGCACACCUACCAUCACCUCUCUCUCUCUCUCUCUCUCUCUCUCUCUCUGCAUUGUUACCGUUAUCAAUGGCAGACUACGAAAACCACCACCACCAUCAACAACAACAAGUUGUCUCAAGAGACACAGCUUUCCAAGCAUUGAACACCAUCAUCCAGCUCCAUUUUGAGAAGACCCUCGAGAAGAAACGCGCCAUAGACCUCCAAAAAAAAGAGCUUCACAAACUGUUCCAGUUGUUCUUCAUCUUCCUCAGUUUAGUUUUCAUGGCACAAUCACAGUCACCUCGUCUUCAAUGUCGACAUUGUUGGAUCCCCAUAACUCUUCUUUCAAUGGCACAUCUCAUCUUCUAUGUUUCCGUAGCACAGACACUUAGAUGCAUCAAUGGCUUCAAGUAUCAAAGAAGGUGCCAUAAGCUUACACUUGGUUUGGCAACUGAGAAGCUUAGGGAUAUGAAGAUGAGGUUGAGUAGUGGUGGUGAUUUUGAUGCUAUUGGUGAUGAGGAGUUUGAGAUUCAUUAUCAGGAACCUCCUGAGAGUUAUUUUGGUAAGUUUAAGAGGAAUUGGGCUCUUCAUUUUGGGUUCUUGAUCCUGAUCUAUGGUUUCAUGAUAUCUUCCUCUGUUGUUCUUCUCUGUUUUUAGUAAGGUUACUGAUUUUGGGUUGUUUAGUUUAAAUUAAAUGCUUUGUAGUGUUAUCUCAUGAUAGAGAAAAGAGGUCUAAUAGUAGUAGCAUUAGUUUGUUUUGAUUUAAUUUAAUUCAUUUCCACUUAUUCAAUCAAGUGUCCAUUCUGAAAUGUUAAUCUA